AUGGCGUGUUGUCGUGUAGUCACGUCGUUCUCGGGCAAGGCGCACAACCCCGCAGCAUCGCGGGGGUCUGGCAGCGAAAUUAACGGGCUUCUUAGAGAGAUCAAUGACUUGUGGAAGCGACGUGGUGUUGGGGAGCAUAAGCGUUCUGUUUCCGCAUCGAAGUUGCGACAGACAUGGACACCGGCAGCGGCCUUGACAGGGAGGAGUCAUACCGAAACACAUGAGAGGCCCGCCUUCCCGGCAACAAGUACGCAUCUACCGCUAGGCUCUGUGGCAAUAGAAGAUCCACCAGCAUUCACGGACAUUGCUUGUACUUUGCAGGAAUUGGAGGAGGAGCUGUUUAAGCUGUCGGCAAAAGAAUCAGCAGUGGGUGAGCCUGAGAACUGUGUAGACACUGACAUGCAGAAAGCAGGGUAUGAAUGCGACGAGAGAGACAAGAAUACUGUUUCCUCAGUGAGGUGUUCACAGGACCCACAGCCUGAGACAAUGGAUUUUGCGCCAAUGGAAUCCCCAGCUGAGCCGUGUGUGUUUGCAGCAGUCCGUCACUAUGAGAAGCUUUCCUGUUGGGUGGAUGCUGAGGACGUUCCAGCCUCUAAUAAUGCUGUUACUGUGCACGUGUUGAAAUCUGCUAACCGUGCUUUUACUUUGGAGCUUCGUGAGCGACCUCGAUGCGCGCGUGCUAUGACUCUUGCAAUUGGCCAGGCCUUAAAUGAGGUAGAAGCUGCGACGGAACUAAGUGAGGGCCUUGUUGUCGUAUUUCGUUCAGCGCCAGGUAUUCCUUUUUUUACCCCGCUACGCUCAGAACUAGAACUGAGUUAUUUAACUCGUGCAGAGUUGUUGAGGGAAAAGGAAAGACUCUUUUGCCGUAUGCGAGAAGCCAGACUUCAUGGGGUGUUGUUUAGGGCGGAAUUGAAUGAAUCUGCGCUUGAUUUUGGCGCUGAAUUGUUUUUUAUGUGUGAUAGGAAGAUCGUAUUGGAAUCAAAAGUCUCCGGCAGCGCAAUAACCGUUGGGUUCCCUUCUAUUGCUCUUGGAGUCUGGCCAGCACCGUGCGUGCUACAGCGUAUAUCCAGGUUCCUGGGCUACAACGAGAGGGUUGGGCUGGUAGUUCCCAUCCUUCACACUUUUUCAUGGAGUGAGUUGAAUGAAACGCAUCCUGGCCUGCUACAGUCUGAUCGUAGCUUGCACUGGUUGAAGAAAAAGGCAUAUAAACUCUUCAGAUUGCAAUGGAAUUGGCUUUGUUAUUUACUUGGGUGGGGCACAAAUUUCUCUUCUAAAGGGAACCACAAGGAUAUUUUGAUGCAUCGCUGGGACGACUACUGUGCCUUGUUGGAUACCACAGAAGGUGACGCGGAUGCUGUUCUUGCGGCGGAGGCUGCCUCCCGAGGUAUCAAUAUGUAUGUGACACUCCUGGGAACAACUGACUUUUGUAACACCGCAUCAGUGACUAUGGCACUUCGUCGUAUGCGUAGUCGAGUGUUAAAUCCACUCACACAGAGAAGCAUCAUUGAAGUGCGACCAACCAAUAUGAACGAGAUCAAGGUAGGAGAAGCUUUUUGUGUCUUUGCAGAGGCUUCUUCACAUGCAACAGUUCGGUUUAUUACGGAACAUCGCAGUUUCAGUGGAAACGACGUGAUUAGAAGUGCUUUGCUGAUGGGAGGCGAUGCAGCAAGCGUCAAAGAUGCUACUGACUUGUUGGAUUGCGCUGUGGUCGCUACCCCUCUUCGUCCGUUUAAAUUGCCUUCUCUGGGCGAAGGCGAUAUGGUAGAGGUUCAGCUUCUCUGCGCCCCACACGUCAGCGAAAGUCAGCAGUGGGAGACACUCUCCUCUGCAUUGGCGUAUCUUCAGUCCAGGGAGGUGCCGUACAUUGUCACUAGGGGGGAUGCUGGUGCUCGCCUUGUGGCGGUCCUUGCUCUGGAGUUGUCUCGACUAGCUACAGAAGCCGAGGUACAGCUCAUCGAGGCCGUCGCAAUGGAGGAAUUGCGCUUCCGCAUUGGCCCAUUUCAGCUACUUGACCACUACGGUAUGGCGCACAUUGCAAACGUGAUGAGACGACACUCACAUUUGAUGGAUGAGAGGCGAGUCCCCGCCAUAGCGAGCCGUGUGUUGUCAGCAAUGGAGGUUGAAGGGUUUGGUGGUGAAAGUAGUCGUCGUGGAGGAUUUUACACCCGUUACGGGGACCUCAAUCUGGAGGUUGCAACCGAGUUUGUGGUGCGGAGGAAAUUGUCACGGAGCGAUAUUUGCCUGCGGCUUUUGUUUGCUCUUGUGAAUGAAAGUUGUCGCAUGCUGCUGGAUGGGUGUGUGGAAGCAGUAGAUGUUAUUAAUCUUGUUUCCAUUGGCGCCCUGACUUUGCAUCCAUCCACGGGCGGUCUUCUAUCGUAUUUGGACGGUGGCGUGGGAUGCGUUACAUUGCUGCGUAAUAUGAAUUACAUGUCACGGGAAAUGGGUGCCACCGCCCCGCCCUCCCCGCUGUUGCAGGUGAUGUUGGAGGCGGAUGAGACGUUUUGCACCCUCUCCCCAGAAACGUUAUAUGAGGCGAGGCAAAGGUGUGUGGGGAACACUUGA